GCAGCGUGAAACGGCCUCGCACCAGGCCACCGGGUGACCACCAUCAGAUGCUGGACGUAGGCUGAUCUCGCGCCGAAAAAACGAUCACCGGGCCACAGAGCCGGCGAUCAGCGACCUGGCUAGACGGGGGGGACUCGACGGGAGACCUCGUGGGAACGUCGGCGGUCCGUUUAGGACCACGCCUGAGGAUCCAGUGUCCUCAGGCAAGAAGAGGUUGCUUACCUUUCUUCGAUUGGCACGUCGCUGGAUCAUUCACAUUUUGAUUUUCGCCCUAAUUAACAACAGUUCCUGAACGAAUCUAAUCAGCGAGAAAAAGAGAGAAAGAGAGAGAAGAAAAAGAUAGUCACUCUCGGCAUAAUUACGUAAUUUACAUUAUUUGUGUCCUAAAAUACAACCGCCGCCGCCGCCGUCGUCGUCGUCGUUGUUGGCGACGCGAGUCUUAUCAUUCUCAAAAGAGAAUGGCUGUAUAUUCGCGGCAGCGAGUAUCACGCAGCCUUCAGUAGGAUGAUGAUAGAGGGCCAGGUGCAUCAACAUCCGGUACGAGUGCCGCCCGACAAGUCGCAGCCGCUCCAGAAUGCCAAUACCAUCAAGUUCGAAAAUGAGCAAUGUAAGGAGCCCCUGCUUUUGGAGAAGCAGACCUCCCACAGGAUGACACCAACCGAUGGCCGCUCGCGGACCACCUCCGAGUCAAAGGAUACCACAACCACCGCCACCACUACCGCUAGCACCGCAACAACCACCAAUGGACAAGCAGCAGCCACGAAUACCACCGGUGGACACGCCACCGAUGACUGCCUUGAGGUAACUAUCUUUGACGAAGGCAUCGACGGCGGCCGAUUGCCGGACGUCGUCGCCGAGAGCAAGAUCUACGGUGUGACCGAAGAGGAUGAGCCGCUCGAGUCGUACUUGGCGAUUACCAUCCAGGUCUUUAUACCCUUCCUAAUCGCCGGCCUGGGCAUGGUGGGCGCCGGAUUAGUCCUCGAUCUCGUCCAACACUGGGUAGUCUUUGAGAAAGUAAAUGAGCUCAUGAUUCUGGUACCUGCACUUCUAGGAUUGAAAGGUAAUUUAGAAAUGACUUUGGCGUCGCGUCUUUCUACUCAAGCGAAUCUCGGACAUAUGGAUAUGCCAAAGGAGCAAUGGCAUAUGAUCAUAGGGAAUCUCGUUUUAAUACAAUGUCAAGCGAUAGUGGUGGGAUUCCUGGGUUCUGUGGUGGCUAUCGUGAUGGGUGCCUUCCGUAAUGGCACGGUUUCCCUGGACCAUGCUUAUCUACUAUGCGCCAGUAGUCUGGUCACUGCAUCCCUCGCUUCCUUCGUUCUGGGCCUUAUUACCGCAGGCGUCAUCGUCUUUUCCCGUCAUUGCCAUAUCAAUCCGGACAACGUGGCCACGCCGAUAGCCGCCAGUCUCGGCGACAUCACAUCGUUGGCUCUCCUCUCAUGGAUCGCCACCAUACUCUAUGAAUGCAUAGACAAGCAGGACUGGGUGGCACCUCUCGUCAUAGCCUGUUACGUCCUCGUGACGCCGCUCUGGGUAUGGAUCGCCAAGAAAAAUAAAUAUACCAACGAUGUGCUCUACUUCGGCUGGACACCGGUCAUGGUGGCCAUGUUAAUCAGCAGCUGCGGUGGUCUUAUAUUGGAAUUUAUGGUGUCGCGCUUCGAGAACCUGACAGUGUUCCAGCCGGUUAUCAAUGGCGUCGGCGGAAACCUGGUGGCCGUUCAAGCCAGUAGAAUAUCAACGGCGCUUCACAAACAAGCCGAACUCGGCACACUUCUAAUCCCACCGGGUUACACGCAUCCCGUCAUCUUCAUCACCCCAAUUGCCAAUUUUUUCGGGAAAGGUAUGCACGCUAGAACCACGAGAGUCCUGAUGACAAUGGUGAUACCGGGCCACGUCAUUUUCAUUUACCUGAUCAAUUAUAUGAAGGACGGUAACACAUCGAUGACUCCGCUCUUCGUCUUCGUUUACCUCUGCGCAGCGAUGCUGCAGGUCGCAGCUCUCCUCUACAUCGCCUAUAUAAUGAUCCAUUGGAUGUGGAAGCGAAAGAUCGAUCCCGACAACUCGGCGAUUCCAUAUCUGACCGCGAUGGGUGAUUUGCUCGGGAUCAGCCUGCUGGCGAUUGCCUUCCAAUUUCUGUACCUGGUCGGAGAUCAAGAUUUCGACGCGCCCUGACCGUAGAAGUCGCAAAUUAUAGCGUUCUCCGGCAGGCGGGACGCACAAGUUAGAACUGUCGGACCGAAAGGGCAUUCCUACGAGGCUGUGGUCGUUUGAAAGUAUAUUCCACCAAAUCUAAUCAUCGAUCUGCCAGUCCGCCGACGAGUCCCAUGGACGGACGGUCGCAAUGGUAUUACUUGGCAAAGUAUUAAUAAUUUCACCACUUAUAUCCUGCGUUCGCCAAGAAUUAAUUAAAGAGUAGGUAUCUUGGGACUGGUUGUUUGCAUUUCGUGAAAACCGGUCAAAUGAUUUUCAUUAUCGAUGCGAAUGUCUCAAUACUUAAUAA